AACAACUCAACCACAUCCCUCUCGGACGGCGAAGACGACGAGAUCAUCACGGACAUGCACUCCGCGUCCUAUCCUUACUAUGAAAGCGAUGUCACAGUCGUACCCGCAACCUGGUCGUUAACAAACCAACGAGUAUCACGUCCGAAGACACCGCCCCACUCGCCAGCUACGCAUUUACCGCCCGAGAUCCUCAUACACAUCCUGCGCCAGGUACAUUCAUCGCGCGACCUCUACAGUGCGUUGUUGGUGUCCCGGGCAUGGUGUGAAUGCGCGGUCGAGUUACUCUGGCACCGACCCAGCUUCUCAGAUCUCCAGCAUUUCGUCCAGAUGCUCCAGGUCAUCAGCUCUCAGGAGAAGACGUUCGACUAUGCACGCUUCGUCCGCAGACUCAACUUCAUCUAUCUCUGCAGGGACCUCACCGACUCGCUCUUCAUCCGUCUCGCCAAGUGCACAAAGCUUGAAAGGCUGACGCUCGUAAACUGCGUGGAACUCACUGAUGACGCACUCAUGCGGGUCUUGCCACUCUGCAACAAUUUGGUGGCUCUGGACUUGACCAACAUUACGUCGUGUACGGACAGGUCGAUCAUCGCACUCGCCCAGUCCGCCACGCGGCUGCAGGGCCUCAAUUUGGGUGGAUGCAAGAACAUUACAGAUGAGGGCGUGCUUGCGAUUGCAAGAAAUUGCCCUCUACUCCGACGUAUCAAGCUCAGCAAUGUCAGGAACAUUACCAACCAAGCAGUUUUGUCGCUUUCCACGAAAUGCCCACUGCUACUCGAGAUAGAUCUACAUGGAUGUCCCAAAGUCACCGAUGAGGCAAUUCGCUCCCUCUGGACCAAUCUCACCCACCUUCGAGACUUCCGACUGGCCCAUUGUCAAGACCUGACUGAUUUGGCCUUUCCCGCGAAGCCCCAAACAAAUCCCCCUGAGACGCAACUGUCCGUCCAACCUUUCCCCAACUCGGCGCCAAUUCCGAGUGAAGCCCUUCCACCGCUCCGUCUCACUCGUUUGUGCGAACACUUACGUAUGCUGGACUUGACUGCUUGUGCUUUGAUCACCGACGAAGCCGUCGCAGGUAUCAUAUCAUGUGCACCGAAAAUUAGAAACUUGUAUUUUGCCAAAUGUUCGCUGUUAACGGAUGUCGCCGUUGAGAGUAUUUGUAAACUCGGAAAACAUUUGCAUUAUCUGCAUCUCGGCCAUGCGUCAUCGAUCACGGAUCGGUCUGUACGGACUUUGGCUCGUUCUUGCACCCGCUUGCGCUACAUUGACCUUGCAUGCUGCCCACUGCUCACGGAUUUGUCUGUUUUCGAGCUUUCUGGUCUUCCAAAAUUGCGUCGUAUCGGGCUGGUUCGCGUGACGAACCUCACGGACCAAGCCAUCUUCUCACUUGCCGACCGUCAUUCAACUCUGGAAAGAAUCCAUCUUUCGUAUUGCGAGCAUAUCACUGUUUUGGCGAUUCACUUCUUGCUGCAACGAUUGCCGAAACUCACUCAUCUCAGCUUAACCGGUAUUCCCGCUUUCAGGAGAGCGGAGCUACAACAAUUCUGCCGCUCACCACCGAGAGAAUUCAACACGAAUCAGAGGGCUGCUUUCUGCGUGUAUUCAGGGAAAGGGGUAGACAACUUGCGAUUAUAUUUGGCCGAAUUGAUGGCACAUGUGCAAUCAGAGGCGGUAGGGGAAAACGAUUCCGACUACGAUGCAGAAGCGGAAGACGAGUUCCCGAGCUCGAGCGACCAGGAAACAGUUGGAGUCAAUACCGUGGAAACGCCCAGGAUGCCGUAUGCACGUGACCAGGAUUGGCGACCAGUAUCAGCUGGUGUUGCCGUUGCUAUUGCUACCGAAGAAGUCUUUGAUAUUAGUGACUUCGGGCGUACGAGUCUUGUUCCAUCUACCGUAACGACUGUCCGAGGCAGACCAGGACGCACGAUUGUCGACCGAACUGAAAAUUCAGACUCUGCGGCUUUGAUAGUUGAAGAAACAAAUCCGAGCUCUGUCGCUACCACACCAAGUCCGACAGUCCAGCAACCAUCGGACAGUACUCCUUCAGGACCAAGCAAUACACGGUCACGCGUCUUUGGAGAAGAUCUUGUUGUAGAGGCGCCGACGCCGUCACCACGAAUCACACCUUAUGCAUCUCGACAGAAUGCUUGUUCAGUUCCUACCUUCAGCCGAGCGAACUCAAAUGCGAGUGACGGUGCAUCCAAUCGAUCUGCGCGCAGUUCCGUUACGAACAAAACGUCUAAUUCGAAUGGUGCUGGUUUCUUCCGGAACUAUAUAUCGGGCGGACAUUCGUCUUCUGAUGCUGCACUUACUUCGCGAGUGGGAUCAUAUACUCCCGACCUUAUUUACGCAGAGAUAGGGCAUGGAAGAGGAAAUAGCGAUGUUAGCGGGCCAGGUCCGAGUACGAUGCAAAACCAUCAGCAAGCGGGAUGGAACUCGGAAAGUUCAAGGUCCUCCGCGAACGGUGAUUUUUUUGCCCUUCGGAUAAAGAACGAACUGGAUCGACUGAAUGAGUCGGAUGACUUUUAUCGUCGGGAGGACAGCCUACCGAGGUAUCGACCUUCGGUACUUGCUGAUACGUCUAACACUCCGCACCGCGGGGGUUCGUCGCGCGAUUCCGCAUCGUUAGUUCGACCAAUACCAAAUCAUAAUCAUCGAGAGCACCACGAUCCGUCAUCUCCCAUCCCUUACCUAUCGUCCUCACCAACAACAAGAGAACUUCAAGAAUCCGUACAUUCUGCUUUAUCGGGUUCGAAUGCACCGUCGUCAUCGGCUUCAUCAACGGCGGCAGCGGGGAUGAUUCAAGAAGAUGCAGCGGUGCAUACGGAUAGUCGAGGGAGGAGUACGAGCGUGCGGAGGAGUUUGAAAAAUACGUUAAGCGCUGCAGAGCAUUAUGCUAGUGCUUUGUUCUUCCGGAAUGCUGGGCCUACGAAUGCACGAGAGAGGGAAAGGGAACGGCAUAUGAAUGGAAAUGUGAACGUGAAUGGAGGAACAGGGUUUAUUGCGACGAAUGGAUCUGUUAUGAAUGGGCGAAAUCUCGUUCAUGAUAGGCAACACUGAUCAUUGGGAUGCUGCUGCUUUGCUCGGGACUGAAGUGACUGCUGGCUAGUAUAGAGGUUGUUCGGUUUUUGUGCGAGGUGGACUUGAGGGAAAAUAAGACUUACGAUGAUGAGUAAUGGAUAGUCGAGCUGUACGCGUUUGCUGGGGGCGAUGAUGGCCUCUCUUUGCAUAUGCUGUCCUGUAUUUAUGUAUAUAAUUCCGUCAGCGGGCUAUUAAA